UUUAUGCAUUAAAAGUCAAUUUUAACAAAUGUUCAAUGUUAAUUUUAUUAUUAUUUAAAGGAGAAAAUGUAAUAUGAAACUAGGCAAAGCCUAUGAAUGGGGAAGUCUGUAAAAACCCUUUAAUUUUUCCGUUUUAAAUGUGUCAGACUCCUUCGGUAUUAUAUGUAUCCGCUUCCGUUUUCCGUUAGGUCCUAAAAAUAUAUUAACCUUGUAUAAGCUCUGCUUUGGUCAACUAGGCCGUCUUUACCUUUUUAACUUGUGUUAAUAUUUGGAAUAUAUAUACAUGUAGAUCUAUAUAAUAAUUUUCUAUUCCACACAUCUGUUCCAUGUUAUAUGAUAAUGAUUCUGACUUGUGUGAAUAAUUAUAAGUUUAAAUGAUGAAAAUUUGACUAUUUAGUAUUAUCAUAUUCAUUUUAGUAAACCACAAAUUUUUGCCAUGUUGACCAAUGCCUACUGUAGUACAGUUGAAUCCAGGAGCAUACAUUAUUCUUACAUGUACAUUGUAAAAUAUGUGACCCCUAUCAAAUAGCUUUUCUAUGUUGAAUUUAGUUGUUUUGGGUCACGUCUUGAGAAAUGUUAAUAUAUAUUAUACAAAAAAUGAUAAGUUUCACUCAUUUUCAGCUAUGAUAGACAGUAUUGGAGGUCCAACAAAGGUUAACAAUAUGCUGUCCACCCUCAACUUACCAACAUUGUCCAAUAACAAGCUGAAAAAAAUGGAACGCAGGGCAGGAGAAGCUGUCGAGUGUGUGGCAUCCAAAUCAACUUCAACAGCUGCUCGUAACGCUUUCAGUAUGGAAAUACAGGAUAUAGCAGAGGAAGAAACAAAGAAAGCUAGAGAGUCAAUGGAUUUUGUCGUGGAAGACCUCGGGCUUGCAGUACUUCCUGGUACAUCCCCUUCUGUCAAGAUGCUACUCAAUACUGAAUUGAAUGACAAUGACUGGUCGGAUGUGGAGGAGGAACCAUCAAAACAACAUGAGAAGAAAUCAAGUCAUAUGAAUUUAAUUCAGCAUGCAGGAAAGAACAGAAAACCCCCUCAUAGCUUGAGCCAGGCACCAUGUGCGCGGAAAAAUAUCUCAAAACAUUUUCCGUGCAAGUCCCGUACAGGAAUGUCCUGCGCUGUUGACACUGCUUGGCAGAAGCGAGGGUUUGACAGUUUAACAUCUCACACUUUCUUCAUGAGCAAAGCUAAAUAUGGCAAAAAGGUUGUGAAGUCAAUAGUGCAGCAUAGAACAUGUGCAACCUGCAAGUGGUGGCGAAGAAAUAGACCUGGUAGAAAAGUUAGAAGUCACAGAUGUGUUCAUAAUCACUAUGGGAGUGCCAGAAUGAUGGAAAGUGUGAGUGGUGUAAAAGGUGUAGUAGAACUGGCUAAGGAAGGAACACCGGUUGAAUAUAUAGAGGGAGAUGGUGAUAACACCUUGAUUGCGAGGUUGAGGACAAAUCUGAACAUUGAAAUGAAAAAAAGGUUUGACAGGAACCACAUUGUGAAAAAUGUUGGUAAGCAUUUGCUAAACCUUCAAACAAACAAAGUUAAAAUAAGCAGGGUAACAAUCAAUCACCUUCAAAAGUGUUUGAAAUAUACGUUUGCAAAAAACCAGGGUAAUAGUAAAGCCAUGGAAGAAAAUCUCCGCGCUAUAGUACCACACCAGUUUGGGGAUCAUAGUUUAUGCGCAGAUAGAUUUUGUGGAUAUAAAAGAAACCCUAAAAUGAAAUAUGUUCACAGAAGCCUCCCAUAUAAAGGACCCUUGAAAGAUGAAACUGGUUGUAUAAGAAAAGAAAUAGAGAAGGUUUUUCAACCUGUCAUUGCCAAUGCUGUUCAAUAUUCAGACUUGGGGUCGUCACAACAGUGUGAACAUGCAAACCGGGAAGUUACAAUGAGAGCACCCAAAUCUCUCCAUUAUGGAAAUUCGGAAUCAUUGGACUUUCGAGUGCAGGCUACAGCGGCAUUUAUUAAUGAAGGACGACAGUAUAUAACACAGGUACACACUGAAGCUGGUCUUUCUCCUGGAGAACAUACCAUAGCAUAUGCAGAGAAAUGUAUGAAGGAAAGGGAGCGUCUUCAAACAAGGUCAGCUCUUCCAUCAUCUAAACGUCGGCGACUUGAAUUGAAGCAGGAACGUUCUGUUAUACAGGGAGCUAAUGAAGCACUAGAGGGCGCAUCUUAUCAGUCAGGUAUUGAAGAAAGGCAGGAAGAUAUUGAUGUAGAGAGGAUACCUGAUGCUGUUCCACGUGGUGACUUUAAACCCAUACCACCUCUAUCAGACCCAAUAACAAUGAUUGCACUUGAUUUAGAGACUACAGACCUUAUUCGUGCUGGACAAAUGCCCCACAUAACGCAGAUUGCUGCCAAGGUUGUCAACAGUGGCAUAGGACAAACAUUCUGUGUAUAUGUACAGCCCAAGAUGCCAAUUUCAACAGGUGCCCAGCAAGCGACAGGAAUAACAGUCAAUGGUGACAUUAUGACAGUAAACGGGACUGUUGUUGAUACAGUUGACAUCAAUUGUGCUUUGGAUUGUCUUAUACAGUGGCUUGAUAAAUACAGUAAUGUUAUUGUAACUGCCCACAAUGGUAGAAGGUUUGACUUCCCUGUGCUUAUUUCAGCCUUAUGCAACACUAACAAAAUAGAUAGGUUUUUUAAAUGUGCACAAGGAUUAAUGGACACUUUAACAUUAUUUAGAAAAACCUUCCCGGGAAGACCUUCAUAUAAGCAGGAAGACCUUGCUCGUGACGUAUUACAAUAUACAUAUAAUGCACAUAAUGCCGAAGAUGAUGUUACAGCUUUGUGUAAAAUACUUUCUCACAGCUGCUCAUUGAUAUCUGUACAAGACCUGAUGAAAUUUACUUUUUCUCCAAGGGCUGUUUACUUUAACUUUUUAUCCAGCAAAGAAAAGGCAAAAAAUCUGUGUACAUUACAAGGUAUUGUUGCUUGUGGCAUUUGUAAAUUGGCCACAGCUGAAAAUAUUGCCAGUUCAGGUCUUAAUUUGAAUAGUCUGAAGAAAAUAUAUCUUAGACAGGGCGAAGAUGGAUUGCAUAAUACAUUUACAUGUAAGAACUCUGAAGGCCAGCCACGUGUAACUAACACUAAAAGAGUCUUAGAAAGUGUUAUACCAAAACUUGUUGAACAUUUUAAGAAAUAAUGAGGUGAUAAUGUAAUUACAGUAUUUUGUUAAUUAUUGUACUGUUGUUUGUAAAAUCAUUUAUCAAAAGAUUUGUUAUGAAUAUAAUUUUUGAACAUAAAACCAAUAUUCCUUCAUUAUUAUCAAUUUGUUGUAGGUUGCUAUAUAACUUGAAGCAGCUUUGGUUAUAUUUAUGUACCAACAAUUUAAGGGUCAUAUAACCAGUCAUAUAUCAUAAAAUAGUAAUUUCUAUGGUACUGUAUUCUAUUUUUCUAUGUAACAUUUUAUUUUCUGUGAUAAUUGUAAAUUUCAUUUUGUUUCCAGCAUUUUGGUCAUAAAUGAUAACAAAUGAUAAUUUGUUGGGGUUUUUUAUGGAAAAUAGCAACCAAAUUCAUUUUUUUUAUAUUUCCGGAUUAAGGUUGUGUGAUUGUUUUUUACAUGUUCAUUAUAGUACAGGAAAACUCUAAUAGAACUGCUAAAUUUCCUUCCUGCAAAUGUAGUUCAAAAUCUAUGAUACAGAAUUCUUUCAGGGUAUGAAUAUUUAAAAAAAUAAAUUAAAACCUAAAUCUAUUUUGUUGAGUAAGCUAUUAAAUGAAUUGGCCAUAGUAAAAAUCUCUAGUAAUUAUUGAUUAAUUUCUUCAAAUGGUAAAGAUGAUCAAUGUUUUUUUCUAGUGAGAUUGAACUUUUAACAGAUUUUUUAAGAAUGGAAAAAAUUACAAAAUGGUUUCAAUUUUUGAUGGAAAAUGCAAUGUCCGUGCACUGAUCGAAGUGUGCAUGAUACUGAGAAGUAGUAAAUAUGAACACAUUUUAGUUUUAACAUUAUUGUAUUCAUAUUGUUAAUGAUAUCACUCUAUAAAACACAAGAAAACUCAUAUUUUGAUUGUCUUGAGUGAAAAUAGUGAGAAUUAGAAGACCUCUUUUUGUGGCUUAGGUCUUAUCUUUAUUUUUCACUUUUCUGAGGUUGAGAACUACCUUUUAUAAAUAUGAAUAACACAUAUUAAAUCUAUUCUAAGGUGUUUUUAAUUUAACUGAUAAGUUUCUGACAACUAUCAGGUAACUUGCUAUGUAGUUCUUACUUCAAAAGAAGUUUGAUAUUAUAAAUGUACAUUUUUUGUUAGAUUAUGAAUAUUUUCGACCAAUUUCAGACUAUUUGAAAAUUGACACAUGUUUUGUUCAAUAAGCUAUAAAAUGAAAUAGCCAUGGUAAAAUCUCUUAAAAAUUGGUGAUUUGUUUCCUGAAAUGAUGUAGAUAAUUAUUAUCUAUUCUAUUUUUAUUGAAUAUAAAUAAUUUUUUUAAAAAAAAAUGUUAAAAUUGGUAUUUGGAUUAAAUUAGAAAAAAAAAUGCAUUGUCCGAGCACCGUUUUGAAACAUUUUUGAUACUGAAAAAUAAAAAAUAUGAAAAUAUUUUAGUUUUUGUAUUAUUAUUUUCAUAGAAUUGAUGGAAGUACACUAUAAAACACAUAUUUAGAUAGUCUAAAAUUAUACUUUUGAAAAUUAGACCUUGUUAUGUUACUUAGGUCUUCACUUUAUUUUCUCCAUUUUUCGAAAUUGAGGGUGACCAUAUUGAAACACAAAUAUCUAGAGUUGUACAUGGUAAAAGAUGUUAAAAAUCCUGCAAUAACAUGCUUAAAUAUUAUAUAUUUGAAAAAGAAA